ACCACUUUGGGUAGUAGCUGCAACAACUGCAGCAUAGAAGCUUCAUCGAUUCAUCAAAUAAGAGAGCAUACCAGGCCCGCACAUCAUGUCGUCUUUUUCCAUAUUGCCUGCUUCGACCACCACCCUGGCAAUGUGUGAACUUUACCCGCCUCGUACUUACAGAAGUUUCAAUGAUUGCAAGACAGAGAUCUCGGUCCUCUGGGGUCGCCUGAGAGAGAGAGAGAGAGACGUAAACCACAAGAUAUCCACAACUUCCGAAUCGGCUGAAGAAGGAGACUGGCCCCACUGAACCAUUGAAUGCGGGUUAUUCGAGUCGUUACCGCACCUCCGUGGAUUGGUGGAUAGGCA